AUGGGCGCAGGACAGUCCAAGGACGAGUCCACCAAGCAUGUUUUCACCAGCGACACUCCGAUCCAGUUUUCGCAAGAGCUCAUCGACUCUCUGCAAGCUUCUUCAGAAACAAACUCCACACGCGCAAAGACGUUAGAACUGCACAUUGCCCAGCGAGUCGCCGCCGAGCUCGAGAAGAUCAAGCAGCAUGAAUCUUCAGCUCUGGAGGAAGCGCGGAAGAAGAUCGCCGCGGCCAGCGCAGGGACCGGGUCGGCCGAAUCCUCACCUUCAGACCACUCCCUCCUUCAAAUCCCCUCGAUAUCGCCCAAGGACCUGCUAGAGAGCGGCGAGGAGAAGGAUCGCAAGGCGCAGACGUCGGCCAAGGUGCAGCAGGAGAUUGAAAAGUUAAAACAGACGCUCAGCCAGCGAAAGAUCCUCAAGGAGUUGCCGGGCGAGGUGGAGUCAGCGUAG